GUGUGAAGAAGGGCUAAUCUUUUCUGACUUGAUGAUUAUAGAGACAUCUUCUCUUCUUUGUCUUUCUACUAGUACCAAAAAGGCCAAAACGAAAACGAUUGAGAGCAAUGACAACAACACCACCUAGUAUUAGUAAAACAAAUCGAUAGUAGUAAUAAUAAAAAAGGGGAGAUAUAUUUUGAUUUCCGAGAGAAAAAGAUACAAAAAGCUCGAAAACUGAUAAAGGCGGGACCGAUCCGCCAUUAAUGCUUGCUACCACCCCAACUGCAACGCUUCUCUUACUCUGCCUCUCUCUCUCUGUUUUUUUUUUUUUCACUUUCUCUAUCUCUUGGCUGAGAGAACUCGAAACAAAAACUGAAAAAAGAAAGAAAAGGUGAGAGAUUGCACAAGCGUGUCCAAUUUGGUUCUCUUUCUCAAUCAUGGGGAUUUGCUUGAGUGCUCAGGUCAAAGCUGAGAGCCCAGGGACGAGUUCGAAGUAUGUGAGUUCUGACGUCAAAGAUACUGGAAGUCUUGGGAGUAAGGCUUCGUCUGUGUCUGUAAGACCAACCCCUCGAACCGAGGGUGAGAUCCUACAGUCUCCAAACCUCAAGAGUUUCAGCUUUGCUGAGCUUAAAUCCGCUACCAGGAAUUUCAGACCAGACAGUGUGCUUGGUGAAGGUGGAUUCGGUUGUGUUUUCAAAGGAUGGAUUGAUGAGAAGUCUCUUACUGCCACAAAACCAGGCACUGGUUUGGUUAUUGCUGUCAAAAAGCUUAACCAAGAUGGUUGGCAAGGUCAUCAGGAGUGGCUGGCUGAAGUGAAUUACCUUGGCCAGUUUUCUCACCGUCAUCUUGUGAAGCUGAUUGGUUAUUGCCUAGAGGAUGAGCACCGUCUUCUUGUUUAUGAGUUCAUGCCUCGGGGUAGCUUGGAGAAUCACCUUUUCAGGAGGGGUUUGUACUUCCAACCAUUAUCUUGGAAACUCCGGUUGAAAGUUGCUCUUGGUGCUGCAAAGGGCCUUGCUUUCCUUCACAGUUCUGAAACAAGAGUGAUAUACCGUGAUUUCAAGACUUCUAAUAUCCUUCUUGACUCGGAGUACAACGCAAAGCUUUCUGAUUUUGGUUUGGCCAAGGAUGGGCCAAUAGGUGAUAAAAGUCAUGUCUCUACACGAGUUAUGGGUACACACGGAUAUGCUGCUCCCGAAUACCUUGCAACCGGUCAUCUAACAACAAAGAGUGAUGUCUAUAGCUUUGGGGUUGUCCUUCUGGAGCUGUUGUCUGGUCGUCGAGCUGUGGAUAAGAAUCGUCCGUCUGGAGAGAGGAACCUUGUGGAGUGGGCUAAACCAUACCUCGUAAACAAAAGAAAGAUAUUCCGAGUCAUUGAUAAUCGUCUUCAGGACCAGUACUCUAUGGAAGAAGCAUGUAAAGUGGCUACUCUGUCUCUGAGAUGUCUCACCACAGAGGUUAAGCUGAGACCAAACAUGAGCGAGGUUGUUUCUCACCUCGAACACAUUCAGACUUUAAAUGCUGCUAUAGGGGGAAAUAUGGAUAGAACAGAGAGAAGAAUGCGUAGGAGAAGUGACAGUGUUGCCAGCAAAAAAGCGAAUGCGGGUUUUGCUAGGCAGACCGCUGUUGGCAGUACAGUUGUUGCUUAUCCUCGUCCAUCAGCCUCGCCACUGUAUGUUUGAAGAAGGAUAAACAAGUCUUGGGUCUGUGUUUUUUGAUCAAAACAUUUACAGGACAUGAAGUUCCUGUAUCAUGUCCUGUCUAUGGAAUCUGGAUGUACAGUUUUGUCUCUGUUAAUGUAAGAAUUCAGUUCAUCUCUCUAUACAGGACGACAAACAUGUAAUUUUGAUCUUUGUAACGGGAGCAUUAACAUAA